ACCUGUGCGCUGCAUUAUCAAGGUAUUUUCCCUUGGCAACCCAACGAGAAGAGAUGUAAAGGGUUAAUCCAACAUGGCGACCUCCGUAGUAAAAUGUUUUUUAUUCUCUCGAUGUUCAGGAAUCAUUCGGUCCGUUACUCUACAAGGGAAAUUGCCCCCUGUGUUUAUAAGAAACAGAAACCUCCUCAGCCAAUGUCUAAGUUUUAGUUAUGGUAACAGAGCGUCUGACAACCCACAGGAUGGACAUGUGAACAUUCCAGUCGACCGUCUCACAGUAUCCUACAGCCGAAGCAGUGGUCCAGGCGGUCAGCAUGUUAACAAAGUCAGCACCAAAGCAGAGGUCCGCUUCCACGUAUAUACAGCAGAUUGGAUCCCAGAAGACGUUCGACAAAAGAUCAUCUUAAAUAAUAAAAACCGUAUCAACAAGGCAGGGGAGUUGCUGGUGACGUCAGAGCAGAGCAGGAGCCAGCAGAGAAACAUGGGGGACUGCAUCCAGAAGAUCUCUGACAUCAUAGCCAAGGCCACUGAGACGCCCCACGAGCCUUCAGCAGAGGACAUAGCCCUUAGAGCAUCCAGGUUAGAGAAGAGGAAUAAGGAGAGACUGAAACAGAAGAAGCUCCAUUCAGCAGUCAAGCAGACAAGACGAGUGUAUUUCGACUGAGGGCCGGACACAGUAACAUACGAGGAAACAUUAAUUCGUUGUCUAUUUUCUCGCUUAACCAAUAAAUUGAACAUUUUAUUUGUUUUGAAAGUA